AUGUCCCCUUCUCCGUUUACUACACAUGUUACUUCCAUAACGCCCGCAUCAGCUUCAGAUACAGUUUGGGAAGAGUCCGCAGCAAGCCUAGCAACAAAGUCAACAACGAGCUUAGUAACGAUUUAUAUAAGGCCUCCGUAUGGAUCUACAGUCUCUGGGCCCUAUAAGCCUCCACUUCUAACCGGUGAUAAUGCACUAUGGAUACCGAGUGUAACCUUGCCAUCAGACCAGGAAAAGACAAAGAGUAUAAAUGAAUACUUAAUUGGUCCUUUGACAACGGCAUUCAAGUUUCCAGAUGAUUGUGCAAUGCCCCUAAUGUUUGCUGGCUAUAACUCUUCCGACUUUACCGCUUACCAGGCCGUAGACUGCGGUACAAUCGUUCUACCCUAUCAGAGGAAAUGUUGGCCUUUGGGAGCACCUAGACUUAGCUCUGGCCAAAAAGAGCAGACACCAUCGGUUGGCUUUUAUUCUCCUGGAGUUAUCUGUCCGAAAAACUAUACAAGUGCUUGCACUUCUAUAUUUGGGGAAAAUGCAUCCGGAGCGUUUAGCUUCGCGUUUCCACCAUCGGAAAAAGAAACAGCAGUGGGUUGUUGCCCCUCAGGCUAUUCGUGUGCCAACACCGGUGGUUACCAAAGCUGCAUAGCCGAAACUGAUUCCACGGUUCUGUCUGUAGCAGCGUGCAUGUCUUCAACCAUACGCGUUAACUACGCUUCACCCUUUACCAUACCAUAUACAUCAGAUGAUGGUUUAGUUGCCAACUCUUUACAUCUCCAAGCGCCACUUAUACAGCUGAAGUGGAAGGAAGCGGACCGUACAGUUGGCAUUUCGGCCAACACUGCAUCCGAGAGCGGACUCAGUUCAACCGCCAUCAUCACCCUGGCAACAACCAUACCCGCCGUCGUCUUGGCUGCAACCAUAGUUUUCGUUUGGUGGAUGCUGCGCCGGAGAAAACAAAGGAGACGUCAGGCCGAAGAGGAAGCAGAAAAAGCAUUGCGAAAAACUUCGGAAGAGAAGGCUGAGUUACCUGUGGCCGGAGCAGAGAUCUCGGAGCUGUACGACCAUCCACGGGAAUUAGCUGCCGAACCUGUACCGCCACGAGAACUGGACGGCACAUCUACUGGAGCACGCGUCCAUGAGCUGAGUGCCGAUAACACGACCAACGCUACGCGGAAUGAGAGCUAG